AUGGUGCAGAUCAGCGAGGUGAAGAGCAGCAACCGAGAGCAUCGGACGUCGGCACACACACACAUCAAGGGCCUCGGUCUCAAGCCCGAUGGAACAGCCGAGCGGCAGGCGUCCGGCUUUGUCGGCCAGGCGACGGCACGAGAGGCUGCCGGUGUUGUAGUCGACCUGAUCCGGGCGCACAAGAUGGCCGGGCGCGGCGUACUGCUGGCGGGCGGACCGGGCACGGGCAAGACGGCCCUGGCACUGGCGAUCAGCCAGGAGCUGGGAACGAAGAUUCCGUUCUGCCCGAUCGUGGGCAGCGAGAUCUACUCGACGGAGGUGAAGAAGACAGAGAUGCUGAUGGAGAACUUCCGGCGGGCGAUCGGGCUCAAGGUGCGGGAGACUAAGGAGGUGUACGAGGGCGAGGUGACGGAGCUGACGCCGGAAGAGGCGGAGAACCCGCUGGGCGGCUACGGCAAGACGAUCAGCACGCUGCUGAUCGGGCUGAAGAGCGCCAAGGGCCAGAAGAAGCUGCGGCUGGACCCCAGCAUCUACGAGGCGAUCCAGAAGGAGCGCGUGACGGUGGGUGACGUGAUCUACAUCGAGGCGAACACGGGGGCAUGCAAGCGGGUCGGCCGAUCGGACGCCUACGCAACCGAGUUCGACCUCGAGGCCGAGGAAUACGUGCCGAUCCCCAAGGGCGAGGUGCACAAGAAGAAGGAGAUCGUGCAGGACGUGACGCUGCAUGACCUCGACGUGGCCAACGCGCGGCCGCAGGGCGGCCAGGACAUCAUGUCCAUGAUGGGCCAGCUGAUGAAGCCCAAGAUGACCGAGAUCACCGACAAGCUGCGCGCUGAGAUCAACAAGGUCGUCAGCAAGUACAUCGACCAGGGUGUGGCCGAGCUGGUGCCUGGUGUGCUCUUCAUCGACGAGGCCCAUAUGCUCGACGUCGAGUGCUUCACCUAUCUCAACCGCGCCCUCGAGUCGUCCAUCUCGCCCAUCGUCGUGCUGGCCUCGAACCGCGGCAUCACCACCAUUCGUGGCACCGAUGACCUGGUCGCUGCCCACGGCGUUCCGCCCGACUUUCUCGCCCGCAUGCUCAUCAUCCCCACCCACGCCUACGAUGGCGACGAGAUCAAGCGAAUCGUGCGCAUCCGCGCCACCACCGAGGGCGUCGCCGUCAGUGAGGCCGCCAUUGACCGCAUUGCCGAACAUGGCGUGCGCAUCAGCCUGCGGUACUGCCUGCAGCUUCUGGCACCUGCCAGCAUCCUGGCCCGGAUUGCCGGGCGCAAGGAGAUCGACAUCAAGGACGUGGCCGAGUGCGAGGAGCUCUUCCUAGACGCACGGCGAAGUGCGGCGCUCCUGGCCAGCGAAAACGGCAAGGAUUUCCUGCCAUAG